CAAUAGCAGCAUCUUUGUAAUCUGAAUCCCUCCUGCUAACUAGCCAAUGGAGACAACCAUUUAAGAGCAAACCAGGUAUAUCAAAAUAAUGAUUAUAAGGGAAAUCUUGAAUUUUAAUCUUCGGUGAGUAAACACAGACAAUAUUAUCUACAUGGUCGAACCUUAGUCAUAUGGCUACUGGAAUCAUAACCAAGUCCAUACUCAUUCCAUUAAUAAUCUGAACAGAAAUGGGGAGAUGAGAAGUCGAUUUGCAUUGCUAUUUUGGGACUUGUCUAAUAUAUUUGAUGGUUGACGGUACACAGUUACAGCAGUGAGAGAGAAACUAAUAGCUAGGGCCGAUCCAUCUCGUUGAUCGCAGUCACAAUCUCGAAAGCCAACGGUUGCAAAUCUGUUUCAUGCAGUUAUUCUUUGUAGUGUCGAUGAUGAAACCUCUGUGGACUAUAAUGGGAUAUGACUUGCUUCAGAAUUAUCACAACACUGCAGAUAUGUAAUAUAGAGCAUCCCAAGAGACGACAAAAAAGGUUAUCGUCGGGUGAGUUCAAAUCACGUUGACAAUAUGGCUCGAGGUGAUCCAGUAAAAACAGGGCAUAUGGACACAAGAUCAUACUCUAUUUACUGUAGUAACAGAGCCGUAUUCUGCCUGCUUAGCCGGCUCCUGCAUUUCCAAGAAAGUGGCGACCAAAAGUUGCAUCUCGCUUUUAUUUCUGCAUAAUUUAACAUUUGCUACCACUGUCAGUCAACAUGGCUUCCUACACCACUGUCCCUGGCUCCUCGUCUUUCAUCACCAACAUGAACGAUCUGGGACUCUCUGCUUUCUCUUCACGAUCAUCGGUAUUUUCUAUUCCAAAAUGCAGGAAAUCAGUUUUCAAGAAAAUUGUAUCAGUCAUGGCUCCCAAGCAAUCACAGCGCGAGCCUGCCACCACUGGCUCAGUGAAAACCGCUAUGACGAUGACAGAGAAAAUCAUGGCGAGGGCUUCUGAGAGGCCCCAGUUGAACCCAGGUGAGAAUGUUUGGGUCAACGUUGAUACUCUGAUGACCCAUGAUGUUUCCGGUUCAGGUUGUUUUGCGAUCUUCAAGAGGGAGUUUGGAGAGAAUGCCAAGGUUUGGGACCGUGAGAAAAUUGUGGUCAUACCAGAUCAUUAUAUAUUCACUGCUGAUGAGCUUGCAAACCGUAAUGUGGACAUUUUGAGGGAUUUCUGUCUGGAACAAAAUAUAAAGCACUUCUAUGAUAUCAAAGAUCGUAGUGACUUCAAGGCUAACCCUGAUUAUAAAGGUGUAUGCCAUAUUGCACUUGCACAAGAAGGUCAUUGUAGGCCAGGACAGGUUCUGUUGGGUACAGAUUCUCACACCUGCACUGCUGGAGCAUUUGGUCAAUUUGCUACUGGAAUUGGCAUCACUGAUGCAGGUUUUGUAUUAGGAACUGGGAAGCUCCUGCUCAAGGUACCCCCAACUCUGAGAUUUGUAAUGGACGGUGAAAUGGCUGAUUAUCUGCUUGCAAAGGAUUUGAUUUUGCAAAUUAUUGGGGAAAUAUCUGUAUCUGGGGCAACAUACCAAACAAUGGAGUUUGUUGGCACAACAGUUGAGAGUUUAAGUAUGGAAGAGCGGAUGACAUUAUGUAACAUGGUUAUUGAAGCUGGAGGGAAGAAUGGGGUUAUCCCUGCUGAUGCUACUACAUUCAAGUACCUUGAGGACAAGACAUCUGUGCCUUAUGAACCGGUUUAUAGUGAUGAGCGAGCAAGUGACGCGCUCUUUCUUUUUGGCUCCAGAUUUCUUUCUGAGUACAGGUUUGAUAUCUCCAAAUUAGAACCAUUGGUUGCAAAGCCACAUUCUCCUGAUAAUCGUGCUUUAGCAAGAGAAUGCAAAGAUGUCAAAAUAGACAGAGUAUACAUUGGAUCCUGUACUGGUGGAAAAACCGAGGACUUUAUGGCUGCUGCUAAAGUUUUUCUAAAUUCUGGCAGAAAGGUCAAGGUUCCCACAUUUCUUGUCCCUGCAACCCAGAAGGUUUGGAUGGACUUGUAUAGUCUCCCAGUACCAGGAUCUGGUGGCAAAACUUGCUCCCAGAUUUUUGAAGAAGCUGGUUGUGACACACCUGCAAAUCCUAGCUGCAGUGCUUGUAUGGGAGGCCCUAAAGACACCUAUGCACGCAUGAACAAGCCCAUGGUGUGCGUGUCAACAACAAACAGAAACUUCCCAGGGCGUAUGGGACACAAAGAAGGUCAGAUUUAUCUUGCUUCACCCUAUACAGCAGCAGCAUCUGCUUUGACAGGUUAUGUUACGGAUCCAAGAGAGUUCUUGCAGUAGCCUAUUAUUGUUCUGUUUUGCUGUACACCCAUCUGUUGUAUGGACGAGUAAUUGAUUUCAGUGUAUGAUUAUGUUUGUGUACGUGGGAUGUGCUGAGUUAAUGUAAGGAAAUUCUUGCCUAA